CGUGUUCAGAUCAUGGCUAAAGGAAACAGACACCUCUUCUUUUGAUCUCCCAGCCAAUUGGGGCGAUGCUCCAUGACAAGUCCUGCGUGAGAUGAUAUGGUUACGAAACGGGUUCUUGCCUCGUAGGCCGCUUAGGUUCUGAUGCGGCAGUCAGAUUUGGUCUUCGGCCUUGACGUGAAGGUCAGAUGCUCGACAAAAUGUGGCUGAAGUAAGUGGGAAUCCAGUAAAGGAAUUGGAGUUGUGACUUGAAACAGCGGGAUGAAAGAAUGCUGUGAAGCUGAGAAUUUCAGAACUAGUUGUGAUUCUUUUUAGUCUGUGUAGCAGAACAAUCGAAAUUAUAGCUGAGUCAUGGGCUGGACUUCGCAGCACUGUUCUUAAUGGCUUUGUUCAGGCAGUGUCGAUGAGUGGAUUUCUUCUCCAAAGUAGGCUGAGAUUUGGUGAUCCAACCUCAUGAUUGAUUCUUACUUGGUGUAGGAGAACCAUGAUUUCUGGGCAUUGAACAACUCAAGUAUGUUGUUGUUACCUUCCAGUACACUUGGAGCUCAUGGUUGGACCUGUUCCAUUUUGCAGCUUAGAAAAUGCUUCAGAAGGAAAGAAUAGUCAACUGGGAUUUGGAACUUGGAACUUGAAGUUUCAAGCAUGAUUUCGGAUCAAAUUGGAUUUGUCGAGUUUUUCCUCUGAUGACAAGUGGGUUCGGACGCCUGAAUCCAAGGGGUAAUCAUGAACCAAGGCUGCAUAUGGCUUUUUAGCUUCGCGGACUAAGAGGCUUGGGCUGGUUCUCAAAACAUUCUUGUUGGUCAUGCUGCCUCUGCCAUUGAUUCUGUGGCCAAUUUUAGGUAUUCUGGGCAGUCUUGUGGUGGCGAUAGGUUAUGGCUUCUUUGCUCCUUUAAUUGCAACCUUUGAGGCUGUUGGAGAGGGCUUCGUUGACAAGCUUUAUCACUGCUUUUCUGGUGGAUGCGUGGACACGAUCAAGGGAGCUUGCACACUGGUCGUGGACUUCACGGACUUUUGCUUCCACUCAUACUUCUCAUAUAUGGAUGACCUUUGUGAGAAAGUCGCAGUUGGUGAAACACCAAUGGAUGUCAAGUUGACAAAGCUACCAAGUUGUUUGCUGGUUUGUCUGCUUGGUGUCCUAUUGGAUGUGCCCAUGAUAAGUAUUGUGGCACUAUGCAAGAGCCCCUACUUGCUACUGAAGGGUUGGCACCGCCUAUUUCAUGACUUAAUCGGAAGGGAAGGACCCUUUUUAGAGACCGUUUGUGUACCCUUUGCUGGCUUAGCUAUCCUGUUGUGGCCAUUGGCUGUUAUCGGGGCACUAGUCUCUGCAUUCCUGUGCAGCUUCCUUCUAGGACUUUAUGGUGGUGUGGUCGUUCAUCAGGAGGACUCUCUUCGCAUGGGUCUUGCAUAUAUUGUAGCUGUGAUCUCAAUUUUUGAUGAGUACACUAAUGACCUACUUUAUCUGAGAGAAGGAUCUUGGUUGCCAAGGCCCAGGUACCGGAAAUCUCAAGUUGAUCAAGAGCAUCGUGAGCAGAAAAAUGAGGUUGAGCAGAACAAGACCAAAAAUGGGAAAGUUCUAUCUGGCUUGAAUAGAACAAAGUUGUCUUCGGAACGAUCAAGGACGAUGAAAAGGGCAAUACAACAGCUGAAGCCCAUUCAAAUAUGGGACUGGCUCUUCAGAUCUUGUGAGAUAAAUGGAAGGAUACUACUUGGUGAGGGUCUCAUCACAGUUGCAGACAUCGAAGAAUGUAUUGUCAAAGGAAAAUGCAAGAAAUUAAGCAUAAAAUUGCCUUCAUGGUGUAUUCUGCAAUGUCUGCUACGGUCUGCAAAGUCUGACUCGUAUGGAUUACUUAUAUCUGAUGAAGUGGAAGUUAGUAAUUUUAACUGGCCAAAUGAUAAAGUAUUGGAUUGGAUUCUUGGACCGCUUCUGAUCAUGAAGGACCAGAUAAGAAGACUACAGCUGGAUGAGAAUGAAGAAGCCUGCUUAAGGAAGCUGAUACUGACCAGCAAAACUGAGAAACCCGAGGACUGGGAUGGAGAAGGAUUUCCAUCAGAUGACAACAUACGAAAGGCUCAAUUGCAAGCAAUAUUUAGAAGGUUGCAAGGGAUUGUAACAAACAUGUCUAGAAUUCCAAGUUUCCGACGACGGUUUAAAAGUUUGGUGAAGUCUUUGUAUCUGGAGGCAAUAGAAACUGGUGCAUUGACUGAAGCCCAUGGCGGAUCUGCUUCUGGAAGCAAGACCAGUGAUGGCAGGAAAAGGCAAAACAAAAGCAUAGCAAGAUGGAGUAGCCUAGAUGUUGGUGGUAGCAUAGUGUGAUGGAUUUUGUUUGGGAAAACUAAUCACUUCAGUGUAAUGUGAGCAUUAAUAUAAAAUGUCGAAAUGUGGUUA